UUGUUAUUUUGAGGAGGAGAUAAUUAAAGAAUAGUUAAAACGUCCAAACUAACGCAAGGUGAUGAUACUUUAAAACUUGGUUUGAUCAGUUUCCCCUCAGGUCCAAAAAUGGCGCUUGCAGUUGGAUCUGCUGCUGUUGUCUUCUUCAUUUUAGUCUUUACACCAUCGCCAUCACCAACAACAGCAGAUUCGAUCUUUAGAUGCUACAAUUCCAUUGUUAGCUUCGGCGAUUCGCUAGCAGAUACCGGCAAUAUUCUCGUCCCCAGCCUACAACGCAGUCCCUGCGUCGCUGUUAAUCCACCCUAUGGCCGGACGUUCUUCCACCGCCCUACCGGAAGAUACUCCGACGGCCGCCUCGUCAUAGAUUUCAUCGCACAGAGCAUGGGGCUGCCUCUGCUCAAACCUUACGUUCCCGAAGCUAACGCCGACGCGGCGCAACGUCGCCGGAGCUUCAGCACCGGAGUGAAUUUUGCAGUCUCCGGUGCAUCGGCGCUUUCGUAUGAGUUCUACGAGAAGAUUGGAUGUCAGAAUCCGUUAACCAACGCCUCUCUUGGAACUCAAUUGAAAUGGUUCCGAACCUUUUUGGCCGGACUUCCAGAUAGUCGAAGAUAUUUGGAAAGAUCUUUGGUUGUAAUGGGAGAGAUCGGAGGGAAUGAUUACAACCAUCUCCUCCUUCAAGGGAGGACUCUUGAUGAACUACAAAUUUUGGUUCCUAUGGUUGUUAGCUACAUCGGAUCCACAAUUCAAGAAUUGAUCGAGCUUGGAGUUGUGACAAUGCUUGUCCCGGGGAAUUUGCCGAUUGGUUGCUUGCCUGUUUGUUUGACACGAUAUGAGAAAUCAAGCACAGCCAAAGACUACGAUCGCCAUGGUUGUCUCAUUUCAUUGAAUGAAUUCGCCGAGUACCAUAAUCAUCUUCUCCUACAGGAAUUGCAGAGAAUAAGAGAACUCUAUCCCCAUGUCAACAUAAUGUAUGCAGACUAUUAUAAUGCCGCAAUGCGAAUGUAUCAAUCCCCCAAACAAUUCGGAUUUGGCAAUCGAAUUCUCAGCUCUUGUUGUGGAGGUGGAGGGGUGUACAAUUUCAACGAAUCUGCGCGAUGCGGCGUACCACAAGCGACAUGUUGCGAUGAUCCGAGUAAAUAUAUUAGUUGGGAUGGGAUGCACCUCACAGAGGCAGCCUAUAGAUUGAUAGCACAAGCAGUGAUCCAAGGAACCUAUACUAAUCCUCCUUUCUCAAACAUAUGCCUUGGUUCCAUAUCCAAGACCCGCGGCAUUUCUGAUUAUUAAGACUCGACUCGUCUGUGCAUGGAUGUAUCUAUAUACAUAUAUACACAUAUAGCUGAUGCAAAGUUUCUAUCUUCUUGUUGGAAUCUUUCUGCAUGUUGUUGGCUUGAGAAAUUUAAAUUUGGUACCAUAUUUCCUCCCAGCAAUUAAUUACCAAUUAGAGUGGAACCAUUGAAGUCAUGAUGGAGGAAAUAAAUAGCCAAAAA